AUGGACAAGCCAGUUGCCCCUGUAAUCCCCGAUGGAAGGAUCUCCGGCUCCUUCAAUAGUACUGCGCCGCUAUUCGAAGAAGAGGCUUUCCUGUCGCCAGGCACGUUUUCAAGCGCGGACGAAUACGCCGCAAACCCUCGGUUUCUAGAAUUACAAGAGGAACUUCGUUGUGUGCUUUUCUCAGCAGUCGCUAGCCUUGAUCCUGGCACAUACACCUCUCCAGAACCCUCAGAGCCGCUUGAGGGGCCUGCGUCAAGAGCACCGCGACCGAAUUUGGAUUUUACAAGGGUGUCUAUCCCCAAAAUCCGACUCAUUUACUACCUCAAGAACUGGAUUACUGAGUGCGCACCUUAUCUCGAUAAAUUUGACGAGUCGCGCCACUUUGGCGUUCACAUUCCGAUUCUCGCCCAGCGAUCUCCCGCGUUAUUCUACGCCAUCCUUGCAUUCUCCGCCCGACAGACUGAGCGCAAGGCCUGCCUGGACAAGGCUUACGACAGCCUGGAGCUCUACCAAGAAUCUAUUCGGUUGCUAGCACCGUGCCUUCAAGCCAAAGACCCGAAUGUCUUGGUGACAGUAUGCAUUCUGGCAGUGAUGGAACUGAUGUCUGUCAGCCCGCGCGAUUGGCGCCGCCAUGUCGAGGGAUGCGCGGCUCUUUUUGACUCCUUCAAUGUGAAUGGUCUGUCUGGUGGUCACUUGCAGGCCGUUUUCUGGUGCUAUGCACGCAUGGAACUUUGCGGGGCGAUAAUAUCUAACGGCGCAGAGAGCACCGUGCUUCCACUGGAGAAAUGGGUUCCUGCUUUACCUGACGCGACGGGCCCUAAUGAGAGAGAAGUCCUCAUUCGAGACAUGUUCUAUCAAAAAGGGUGUGCCUCUCCGGACAUGCAUGCAAACUGGGCGGUAUAUCUCUGUGCAAAGACGUGUGAUCUCGCUUGCCGACAAACAAGACACUUGGAGCUGGGCGAGACGGUCGAAGAUACACGCCCGUUCGCGGACCAGUGGACUUACCUCUGGGAAGAGCUACAGUUCUGGCUUGAGCAACGGCCCCCAGCCAUGCUACCCAUUAAGACCACAGGCAUCGGUGGCGGCCAAAUAUUCCCAGAAAUUCUCUUCGCACACUGGGCCGCCAUCUCAGGAAACCAAUUAUACCAUGCAGCUUGCAUAAUGAUGCUCGACACGAAGCCUCCCGAGAAGAUUCUGACCCCAGCAAAGCCACAGUUCUCGUCCGUGUGGCACGCGCGCCGAGUGUGCGGCAUUUCGCUUACAAACCCCCACAGCGGAAACCUGAUUAAUGCGAUCCAGCCGUUGUACAUUGCGGGGAAACUUCUCAGCCACCACAGUGAGCAUAUUGAGGUGGCAAAACUGUUCAAAAUUGUCGAGGAAACGACUGGGUGGGGCGCAUUGUGGAGGCUUAAGGAUCUUGAGCGGGCUUGGGGGUAUGAGCCGGGAGAGAUUUUAUCAGCGAUCUGA